GCUCUGCUCAUAAACCUGAAGCAGAAGCAGCAGCAGCUCGGUGAUGAAAGUGUCUGCAGUCACUCCCGUUACCGGACAGGUUGAGCACCGACUGUGUGUGACAGCGUUUACCGGAGAGAGCCGUUAGGAGCCGUUAGGAGCCGUUAGGAGCCGUUAGGAGCCGUUGGCAGCCGUUAGCAGCGGGACAUGGCCGACGGGGGAGCGGUGGUCACCGUCCGCCUGGUUCGGUCCUUCGAGCACCGGAACUUCAGACCGGUCGUGUUUCACGGAGUCCUGGUGGAUCAGUCGGUUCGGGACUUCAUGCAGCUCGUCAGAGACGAUAUUACAACCAGACCGGGGCUUCCUCCUCCUUUCAGGAAAUAUGUUUAUGACACGAUGAAGAUCAUCCACCAAGCACACGGAGCGAAGACUAACGAGUUGGUGAUGAGUUUAGAUGACGAUGAGAAGCUCAUUCUGCAGGACGGACGAACCCUGAGAGAGUCUGGCGUCGGGAACGAAACAGAAGUGGCCUUUUUCAAGAAAGAAGACUACGGUCUCUUUAAAGCUAAUCCUAAAACUGCCUGGUGACCAGAGUGUUUUACAGCAGAGGAGGUUCUUAAAGGACUGAGGUCAAAGGUCAAUUCCUGUUUGUACAGGAGAGUUUUAGGUUGUUGUUUUUAAAUUCAUUCAUUCACCACUCUGCCUUUUUAUUUCUCUUUCACAUUAUUAUUUUCCUGCUGGUGAUCGUGACCAUAGACGUUAGUGUUCUUUUAAAUUAUGCCGAUUAAAGACUUUGAUUUUUUGUAUGAAGAUGAAUUUCUGUAAAAUAAAGUUAAUUUAACUUGAUGUGAACUGUUGCUUAUGGACACAUUUAUGUUGCAGUUUGAGGAGAAUCAGUUAUUACCUGUAAUGAGACAUUUAUUCAGACGUAUAUACAAAUAGUCUGUUUGGAACAAUAAUGUGUGUCUGAUAUUUUUCCGACAAAAUAAAUCUCUAAUUUCACAUUAAAAUCUUUAAAAGUU